UUUGUCCCACACCCGCACGCACAACCCCUCUUCUCCUUUUAAACCCACAUCCUCUUUUCCAUUUUCUGUAAUUCUAAUUCUUCUUUUCUUCUCCUUCCUCUUCUUACACAUUUUUCUUCAAUCAAUCCCUUCCCCUACCUAAUGGCUAUGGAGCUUCAACUUGGUCUUGCUUUAAUCCCCACCAAUCCCAUCAAACCCUUCGACUUAAACACCCAUAACAACAAUCCCAUUUCCUUGGUUUUCGAUUCUAUCAAUCACAAAAAGCGUUCUCGUCAUCUCGACUCCUCUCCCACAUUUCCUCGAACCACACUUCCUCUGCUUCUUUGGAAUGAUCAUCCCAAUGAUGGCGAUGGCGAUGACUCUAAUGACCCCCUUUCUGCUUCCUCUAAUGAUUCAGACGAGGAGGAGGAGGAGCGGGAGAACGGGCUUGUGGGAUGGCCGCCGCUAAAGAAGAGGAGGAAGAGUCUUUUUAUGAAGGAAGGGGUUGGACGGAGGGCGGUGAUCCGGCGUCCAGCGGUGAAGAACGACGGCGGGUUUUGGAGAGGAUUGGAUUUGAAUAAUUCUCGAUACGUGAAAGUGAAGAUGGAGGGAGUGGGAAUUGCUAGGAAGGUUGAUUUGAGGGAACAUCAUUCUUUUGAUGCGCUUAGAGCUACUUUGAUGAACAUGUUUGAUGAAACGAAUUCCGAAGGUUACAGACUCACUUUCCAGAAUACCAACGGGGAAUGGUUACUUGCUGAGAACGUAACUUGGAGGAAUUUCAUCGGAGAUGUUCAACGGAUCAAACUGGAAAAGAAGUCCGGGUGAAGAGGGUCAGAGAAUCGGAUGCUGUCUAAUUAAAAUAUAUUUCUAUGUUUUUUUUUUCCUUUUGUUUUAAAUAGCAGUUUUUGAGUUUUGAUGACUAUAUAUGUAAUGAUAUAUAUAUAUAUAUUGAGAAAACUUAAUCUUUAGAUUAUUAA